AGACAUUCUGUGCCAGCCUCUGUGUGCUACUGGCAAAAGCUGGGGCUCUCCGGGUAGGAGCGUCCUGGGGCAGCCAGCACCAGGAGCCCCCACAGGAGCAUGGGACCACCUAUGAACUCUUAACAGUGAACUCAGGUUUGGUUUAUGAAGGAAUAUUAAGUAAAAGUUACUUAAUUUUUACAUACUGACGCUCAGAAGCCUUUGGUGUGAAGUGCCAGCAACUACCCUUGUCUACUGGAGUUGUCAGGAUUCUUCUGCUGCCAAGGUGAGCUCUUCUUGGUACUUCUGGCAAUACAGAUCUUUAGGACAGAUUUCACCUGCUGAAUGCUUUGGGGCAGAAGGAAAGUAAAACCUUGGAAGCAGCCACAUCGCCGAAUAGAAAGCUCUCCCUUGCUACUCGCUUGCCCGGACACUCAGUCUGGACUUGGGUGCUGCUCCUGAAGCCUGUCCUGCCUUGUUCACACAGACUAUCUGCCCGAAAGAGAGACCUAGCAUUUUUGGGGUGCUCCUGUGACCCUUUUCUACUACUCUGCACUACAGCUCUUUAUUCAGGCAGCCGGAUGACAUGAACUUUGAGAUGGAGUUUGUCACCUGUUGGGGACUGGCUGCCUUUCCAAGGCUUGUGCUGUCAGAAGGGACCAUCUGAAGGACGCGUCUGUGUGUGGAAAGGAGGCCACCAGCCUGACCUCUAUCCUCCACCAUGUUCCUGUUGCUGCCUUUUGAUAGCUUGAUUGUCAACCUUCUGGGCAUCUCCCUGACUGUCCUCUUCACCCUGCUCCUCGUGUUCAUCAUCGUCCCUGCCGUUUUUGGAGUCUCCUUUGGUAUCCGAAAGCUCUACAUGAAAACGCUGUUAAAGAUCUUUGCGUGGGCUACCUUGAGAAUGGAGAGAGGCGCCAAGGAGAAGAAGCACCAGCUUUACAAGCCCUACACCAAUGGAAUCAUUGCAAAAGAUCCCACUUCUCUUGAAGAAGAAAUCAAAGAAAUCCGUCGAAGUGGUAGUAACAAGGCUCUGGAUAAGACAGCAGAGUUUGAGCUCUCUGACAUCUUCUACUUUUGUCGGAAAGGAAUGGAGACUAUUAUGGAUGACGAAGUGACAAAGAGAUUCUCAGCAGAGGAGUUGGAGUCCUGGAACUUGCUAAGCAGAACCAAUUACAACUUCCAAUAUAUAAGCCUGCGGCUUACCAUCCUCUGGGGGUUGGGAGUGCUGAUUCGGUAUUGCUUCCUGCUGCCGCUCAGGAUUGCUCUGGCAUUCACGGGGAUUAGCCUCUUGGUAGUGGGUACAACUGUGGUUGGAUACCUGCCAAAUGGGAGGCUUAAGGAAUUUUUGAGUAAACACGUUCAUUUAAUGUGCUACCGUAUCUGCGUGCGAGCCCUCACAGCCAUCAUCACCUACCACAACAGGAAAAACAGACCAAGAAAUGGUGGCAUCUGUGUGGCUAAUCACACAUCUCCCAUCGACGUGAUCAUCUUGGCCAGCGACGGCUACUAUGCUAUGGUGGGACAGAUUCACGGGGGCCUUAUGGGAGUGAUUCAAAGAGCCAUGGUGAAAGCCUGCCCCCAUGUCUGGUUUGAGCGGUCUGAAGUAAAAGAUCGCCAUCUGGUGGCUAAGAGACUGACUGAGCAUGUACAAGAUAAAAGCAAGCUGCCCAUCCUCAUCUUCCCAGAAGGAACCUGCAUCAACAACACGUCAGUGAUGAUGUUCAAAAAGGGAAGCUUUGAGAUUGGAGCCACUGUUUACCCUGUUGCCAUCAAGUAUGACCCUCAGUUUGGUGACGCCUUCUGGAACAGCAGCAAGUAUGGGAUGGUGACGUACUUGCUGAGAAUGAUGACCAGUUGGGCCAUUGUCUGCAGUGUUUGGUACCUGCCUCCUAUGACCAGAGAGAAAGAUGAAGAUGCUGUGCAGUUCGCGAACAGAGUGAAGGCUGCCAUUGCGCGGCAGGGAGGACUGGUAGACCUUCUGUGGGACGGUGGAUUGAAGAGAGAAAAGGUGAAGGACACGUUCAAGGAGGAGCAGCAGAAGCUGUACAGCAAGAUGAUCGUGGGUAACCACGAGGACCGCAGCCGCUCCUGAGCCGCCGCCGCCUCCCAGU